GUUCCUGCUUUCACGCCAGUACUUUUUUAACUUGAGUAACGAAGGUCAAAAUGGGUGGAGGUAACAAGGGCGCUGCCCUUAAGAAAAGCAGCACUGUAAUGAAAAGAUCUAGCUCAAAAAAAGGCGCGUCUUCCUCUGCCGGGGGGGCUUCGAGCUCCUCCACCUCUUCGUCAUCAAGUUCUGCUGCAGUGGCUGGUGGGGGUGACAGCGUUUCCCUCGAGGUACUAUUUCUUCUCGAAAUUUUUCUAAAAAAAAUUCUAAUAUGUAUUUCUAAUAUUCGUUUCUAAUUUUGGGUGUCUAAUAUCGAGUUCUAAUUUUCAUUUUUUCCCCGCAGUUAAAUGCUUAAAAAUUAUUCUAAUACUCGUUUCUAAUUCUAAUUUCCACACCUUUUCUCAUCGUCUUUUAGUAGUCUAAAAUUUGUCUAAUUUAAUUUCUAAUUUGAAUUCUAAUUUUUUCAUUGUGUCCCUAUAGGUGUUUUCGCGUAGUAAAUUCGCCAACAUUUGAUAGUGGUUCGCGAUGGUCGUGGCUAGUGUUUUUCAGUAGGUUUUCGCCUGUUUUUGCAGGCCAAUAAAUUAGAAUCUAAAUUAGAAUUUUUUUUAGAAUAAUUAUUAGAAAGCCCACAAAAGCAUUAGAGAGCAAAUUAGAACCGCAUACUAGAGCAAUUUUGUAACGAAAAUCCCUGGUGCGUUGAUCAGUUCGGGUUGGCGUCUGUCAUCGCUUGGCAACCCUCGGCUCGCAUCGUUGGAGCCAGCCGGCGUCUAUGGGGGCGCCCCCUUCGGCUCGCGCGAGGGUUAUUGCUAAUAGCAGUGUUUGGCGUGGCCAGAUUUGAUCUACUUAUCUGGCCGCCGCGUUUCGCAUCGUGGCAUCCUUGGCUUGGUUUGCUGCAGUCUGUUUUUUUGUCUCCCCUUACCAUUUUGAAAAUGGUAAAGGGAGGUGGUUUGUGCCUCGUUUAUAGCCUUCGCGAAGCCGCUUCGCAUGCAGCGCGCGUUCUCAUUUGCUUUUUAGCGUGUGACUUUUUGUUCGCCAAAGCUUCUGUUGCAGAGGCGCCCGAUCUGAUAGUGCGCCAGGGUCUUUCCUCUCCAAGAGUCAUCUUGUGCGUUUUUCCAGUCUACUAAUUUAUCUCUCCUCACUCUCGUCCAGGUAAGUGCUUUUGCGCCUCCGCCUCCGGUUAAGAAGAAACGAGGUCCGCGCAAGAAGAAGCUCGAGCGGCAUUCAAGUGACUGGCAUCAUACCGCCGACGCUUCUGAAAAAGCUCUAGCAACAAUUCAGCACUACAACAAGAACAGCCGGAGGCUGCCUGGCACAGUAAUAUCUGCGAAAUGUUUCCCGAAUGAUAGAACAGCAGCAGAAUUUGUCGCGCAGGAGUACUUCAGUAAGAUGAAGGGCGUGGAUGAUGGAAAAAAAACGUACAUCAAACUUCUCCCGGAGCAGUGGAAGGAGGUGAAGAUGUACUUCGACCGGGAAUCAGCGCGCUCUGUCGAAAGUGUGGCGCACGAAGUGCGCAGUACUCUGGUUGAGAUCAAUGCAAAAAAUGCAACCUAUGCUGCGCGUGCAGUUGCUGUUCGUCCUUUUUUGCAUCGUCAUGCGAAAGCGCUGCGCGCGCGUUUUGGUCAAUCAGGCAGCAACUUCUUGAAGGAUUUCCUUGGUGAAGAAGAUGGUGAGGAGAUGCAGGACAGUAACAACAUUGGAGAAGAAGAUGAACUACUACCGAAAUCAUCUACUUCUUCAACCGGUGGCGGUGGUGUGGGAGAGCAGGUUGCGAACUCUGGCGAUCAAGGUGUUGGCUCGUCUGAUGAAGUCCUACUUGGUGCUGACCCGAUGGAGGGAGUUGUCUCAACCAGUGCAGAGGGAGGGGCGCUGCCUUCAGAUGAGGUUGGUCCUGCCGCGACUUCGUCUGAAGUAGCUGGUGAAGCGGUGGGUGGUCAAAAAGAUACUGAUGAUGUUUUUGCUGAAGAUCAACCACUGCCUUCAGCUACCUCUUCAACUUCUAACAGCCAGGGACUAGCAGAAAAUGCGGCGAAAACUAGUGGCGACUCUGAUGAUGAAGGACUCAACUACUGUCCUGCCGGAGACGUUCCUGCCGACGUAGACAGCGAUGAUGAUCUUCUUAAUUACAAGCCGCCCGGGAGCACCGCUUGCAAGUUUGAAGACCUCAGCCGUGCACUUUCUGGGGAUAAUGUCGCGCAGGCUGCAGCAGAUGAUGACAGUGUUCCGCUGAACCUAACGGAGGUCGGCUCGUCCGUGUCUGGGCUUAUCUCCUUAUUCCAGAAAGCCGACAAGAACACUCACGACACGGAGCUGCUGAAGGCAAUAACGUCGGUCGUCGCUGCGGGUUUUGGUAUUGAGGUUCUCUAACUCUUUGCUCGACGUCUCACCAACUGGGGCGUCGCUUUUUUGUUUGCUUAGAAGUUCUACUUUCGCACCAUCAGUUUCGACAGGUCUUCGCUUUUUUCUUGGUCUCCGAUGUGUGGCUCCUGUAGUCUAUUCCCGUGGUGUAAGUAUAAUUUCCUUUCGCUACAGCAACGCCUCCCCAAAUAAUAUACCUCCCCCUCUCUGCCAGAUUGUUUCUUAUCGGGUGACGCCCGGCGUACUGCAUAUGAGAAGUUACAGGCUGCGGCAACGAAAAUGCUGGCGGCACGAUACGAAAGCCUCCAGCUGGAUGGGACUGCCUUCUGUGAAAAGUACUACCCUCCUGGUUUGAUAAUAGUGCGCUACUGCGCUGUAGGCGUGGUAGUAUAGUUCAGCAAGGGUCUCCUUGCUUAAAAUUUGGUGCUCAAUAAAAACGUUGGUAGUCUUGCGAGCUUUCUCAAGUCUCUCGAUAGAAAACUGGUAGUCUUGCAAGUUUUGCAAACUUGCUAUUUUAUGACUUUCCUGACUUUCAAAGUGGAUGACUACUCUAUCGCGCUUCUGAGCGUUUUGAAAUCACCACUCAUUCCUCAACCAGGUUUCUUGCGUUCCUUCCGGUGUUGGCGCCGCAUUUGGGUGAGGCGCAUGCAUUCACGGCCCAGCACAUGAAAGCUGGAAGCGUCACUUUCCCAGUGGACCAGAUUGAUCGAAUGACUUGCCUCAUACAAUUUGCGGAGAUUCCGGCAUACAAAAAACUGAAGAAGGGGCUGGAGGCGCGCCAAAAAUGUGCGCAGCUAGAGCGGAGCGCCCACGAUGUACUAUUUUUUAUUAUUAAUUUGUUGCUUCUGGUAAAGUUACAAGUUUUCGCUUUUUGUAAGGUAUCAGAAGAUUGGCGCCAACCUUUUCGAAACCCCUCUCCAGGUAAUCGUCAGUGCGGACACCCUUGCCCUGGAGGGUCUUGAAGAUGCUGCUGGUGUGGCAGCUCAACAAACUAAGGAGUUGGAGGAACUUCUCGCGCAAGCGCGUGAUGUCGGUUUGGAAGAGGAGCUUUUCGAGGUUAUCGCGUUGCGGUUGGGUGCCGUCGGUGAACUAGAGCUCGACUCUUUCCACAAGAAAUGUGUGGCAUUGCGGGAGGUGAAAGACAGCACCAGCAAAAUAGGUUUUGCGAUCACGGUCAACGAUGCCCGGAAAGAGCUCGCCCGGAGCUUGUCGUUGACGUUGCAGACGCCCUGCACAGCGUAUUAUCGACUUUGUGGCUUGCUUUGUGUAGUCGUAGUCUGAGUAGCCAAGCUAGAGCUUUUCCCUGCCUCAUCAUCUCGCCGCCCCGUCGGUGUCACCUAUCAUGGUAUGGUCUUCGUCUCGUAUCCCUUUUUCGAUACUCUCCCAGGUACCAGCUUGGGCGUGAGUUAGCGAAAGUUGCGCCUGUGGAGUUGAGGUGGGAGCUUCGCCGCGUUGAAAAGCAGGCGAAGGAGCUUGAGGAAGCCUCGAAGAGAAUCCUGAUGGACGCAGCAAACGAGGGCGGCCCGACCCCGGUCUUCAAUGACUGGGUUGAAGGAGGACCCUACGACACAUGCAAAACCACGAUGCAAAACUACGACCGCGUCGCCUGGUCGACGAGGCAGUCGCGCUACCAGUUGGGUGAGCGUUCGGAGGACUCGAACUUUCGCCCUUUCUAUGUGUGGCGUAUGCAGCGAUACACGAAGAACAAGCUCAACAAAGAAAAAGUGUCGCCAUAUCUGAGCAAGCUAGUGGAACUGCGGCCGCAUCUUGAGGCGGAUAAUAUUGGUAUAUUUAUACUUUAGCUUUCGCUGGAGGUGAUGCCUACUUCUCCUUGGUCCAGGCCUUGGCGAAGUCGGCCACAGCCUCUUAUUUCUAGCGGACUCCGCAAAAGUUGGAUGGUGAGUUUCUUCACGGUCUUUAACAGUCGCGCUUUUCUCUUGUCUUUACCCCGCCCGGGGUUAUCAUCUCAAUACACGCUACUUCUACCCAUCGAACCUAACCACCGUCCCAACUACAACUUCAGCGCGCGACACGUCUUCGAAAUUCCUCGAGAAGUUGGCUGGGAUGCAGAUGCUCAUGAAACCGGAGCAGCACACGGCCUAUCUUGCAGCCUUGAAGGCUGUGGAAGAGGCGAAGCAGGGAAUUCUCGACUUGAACGAGCGACAGAAAGAGCGCCUUGCGGGGCUCCGCUCGUUUGUUGCGGGUGCGUAG